GGAGACUGGAGAGGGGGAAAAAAAAGCCGACUUGUUACUACUCUCAGACUUAGAAUCUAGAAUUCUAGAUCUAUUAAUAUUAUUGUAAUUAAUGGUUAGUAAUAUAGAGUUCAGGCUGAAAACCAACAAAGACAUCAUUGAAUAUUUUUUGGGCUAAACAAUGGGUAUUCUAACUGACGAAACACAGAGAAAUCGUUUAAUAUCAUUGUUGGUGAAGUACUGCAACAAGCUGUGUGCAUUGCUGUAUGUCGUUGGACUCAUUGGCUUCUUGGCUCAAGCCUACCAGCCACUAAAUGCUGGUACAUACUUCUCAGAGAAUGCACUACUCCCAGGUCUUGUGGAAACAGAGUUACCAAAUACGCUCCUGUCUGCCCUGACCUACAGAAGUGAGCUUGAGGAAGUUAUGAAGAAAGAACCCUCGUCAUCUCCUAACAAAUGGGUUUAUGAAAAGUUUAAGAAUAUUGGCCUGGAGACCUACGCUCAAAACUUUUCUGUCAUUUACCCUUUUAGAUCUUUUAACAAAAAGGUGGUAAGUGGCGAAAAUGUCUACGCUAUUUUGCGUGCUCGUAGAGCGGCUAGCACUGAGGCUCUAGUUUUGUCUGUGCCAUUGAGGCCUUUAAACGACAAAGACAAUACUGGGACAGGUGGUGGCAUUGCCUUGGCAUUGGGCUUGGCACAGGAAUUCAAACGGAAACCAUAUUGGAGCAAGGAUAUCAUCUUCCUGUUUACUGAAUUUGAUCAUCUCGGAGCUAUGGCCUGGCUGGAUAGUUAUCACCAAACAGAAUCUAAAUUUAUUGUAGGCAAUGAUCUUGAAGCAAGAAGUGGUCCAAUCAUAGCUGCUCUGAAUCUAGAGCUGCCACUGAACAAUGUCAAGUACUUCAACGUGAAAGUGGAAGGGCUCAAUGGGCAGCUACCUAACCUUGACCUUGUCAAUUUAGUGGUCAGACUUUGUAGGCGAGAGCGAGCCCAAGUGAGGCUCCACAACUGUUUGGAAGACAAAAGCUAUAUAUACAGCGAGAAUGGCGAUUCUUUUGAUGAUUACAAGAAGGCCCUGACUACUAUGUUGAAGAUGAUGUGGCACCAGGCCAGUGGCACCCCAACUGGUAAUCACGGCUGGUUUCAGAAAUUCCAUAUUGAGUCUGUAACCUUGGAGGGUGUGGUCAAGAAACGUUCUUAUACAAUAGACAUUAACACUACAGCUAGAAUCAUUGAAGGUGUGUUCAGAAGUCUGAACAAUCUGCUAGAGAGGUUUCACCAAUCGUUCUUCUUCUAUUUGCUACCAUCAACCAGUCGUUAUGUUUCCAUUGGCAUGUACAUGCCCUUUUUUGGGCUGAUGGCUUUAUGUGGACUGCUGAAAGGUAUCACUCUGUGGGUCAGUGCAAAUGAAAGCAGUAAGGAGGUCAAGAGUGAGAGUAACGAAGAGAAGAGUGAAAAGGUUGCCAGCGCUGAAGGUCAAGGUGAUGAGCAAAGCUCAACUGAAGAGAAAACAAAAGAAAAGAAAGAAGAGGAGAACAAAGAAACAGCUGAAUGUAUCCCAGAAGUCAGUAAAGAUGUCAAUGUGACCAAGAAGGAAAAUGUUACUGAGGAUGUUGUAGAGGAAUCACUUGCUGGCAAAGGUUUGAUCAGCAUUGUUCCAGUAAUGCUGGUUGCCAUAAUGUUGGGGUGGAUGGCCAGUCAAGGCCCUGAACUCCUGACGCACAUCAUGCCUAACUUUCGCAUACAAACAGAAGACAUGCUGCUGUUCAGUUUGCUGGCCAUAUUUAUGUCUGCCCUGGCCUACCCUAAGCUGAUGAAAAAUAAAGGUUCCUCAAACAUCUUGAGUCUAGACUGGCAGCUGCUGAAGUCUGUAGCACUGAUCCUUCAGACCUUGACCUUUGCAAGCCUUGCAUUGUUUAACAUCUCACUGUCAUUCUUCCUGACGGCUGUGAUGGUGCCUGUGACAGUGGUGGUGAGACCUUCAGCAAAUAAAUGUUUCAGAUGGCUUCAAAUGUUUGCUCUUCUGCUGAUCUCCCCUCUUUCUUUGAUGUACAUCGUUGGUCUCAUCUCAUCCUGGCCAAAGUCGUCUGCUCUUGAACUUUUCUUAUCAGCCUACGACAGCUGCAAGCUGCUGAUCUACCUGGGGGUGACAGACACUCACCUGUUCAAUGCGUGGACUGAGACUGUGAUGACUGCCUGCAUAUUCCCAGUCUGGCUUCUGUUCUGGGCAUUACCCUGGAUAGAUGUGCCUAGUCCAUAAAUUAUCCUUGCUAGAAACAUAUAUUGAUCUAUUAUAUUCUGUUAUUGAAUGCCACACGUCAAAUCUAUACCAUUAGUAUUUUAUAUUGGUAACAAUUUAUGGACAAAUUAUUAAGACCAUUCUUAGCUAUAUAUAUAAAAAAGUUCCCCUUUCAGACCUUGAGUAAGAUCUGUUUCUGUGGCCUAUGGCUUAUGAAGGUGUCAUGUGACUAGCACAUGACCAACCACAUUUACUUUUCAUCAACUAAUGUCAGGUAACCAUUAGAGCUGGGUGGACUCUGCCCUUAAGAUCCCAAAAUUAAAAAUCCCAGUCUUCACCAGGAUUCAAACUCUCCAGUUUGGAAGCCAAGCCCCUUACCACUCAGCCCUUAUGCCGACUUAUGAAUAUUUAACUAUUGUUAACAGUAAAAGUAUAUAGUAGUUGAACUGGCCACUUGUCAACCUUCGUAAACCAUUGUGAAAAAAAAAAAUUGAAUUUAAUUCACUUCUAAUUAUCUGAAUGAAACUUUACUUUCAACUUUUGUAAAUAUGAAAACAAGUUUGACAGAUUAAAGAUUGGCUAGGUUUGUUUAUAGACUGUAAUUGUUAGCAUUUACUUACAGUAUAUUUGACCAAAAAAAAAUGUUGAACAAAUUUACCUCUUCGCAGAGAAGAGCUUCUGAAAUUUAUUAUUUAUAGCCUGUGAAAGGAAACUUUUUUAGUAUCAUUCUAGUCUGAUCAAAAGUCUAAGAUAGAAACAGUCAUUGUCAUCAGUUUUAUGAGAUUUCUUUGUGCUGUCAUCAAUUUUUUUGUUGGCUCAGAUUACUGUCCACAUUGUAUUCAUUUACAUUCUAAGGAUACGAGUAUCUGUGAAAUGUUUGAAUGUGAAAUGUUUAAAAGAGUAUCUGUGAAAUGUUUGAAAGAGUAUCUUUGAAAUAUUACAUUGAUGAUUGUAAUGUUUAAUUGUUUAAAAGAGUAUCUGUGAAAUGUUUGAAAGAGUAUCUUUGAAAUAUUACAUUGAUGAUUGUAAUGUUUAAUGAUUAGUUCUUACUUGUGAAGAAAUGAAAGAACUUGACAGCCAAGUGCUCAUAGAAAAGAGUUCAUUCUGUGUUUCAUAAGUCUAGACAUUCCUUCCAAAAUGAUUACAUCCUCACCAAAUUUCUUGCUGGGUAGUGGGGAAUGUUGGCGGGCUUGAUUUAAAAUAGACACACCAUGAAGAUGGUCUGAAAAAUGUACCUUACAGUCAAACAGCUAUAUUUUUUUUGUGAACUGGUCUUUUUAAAAAUUGAGCACUUGAAACGAGUGGCUCUUAUAUUGUAAACAUUUUACAACAGUCUGAAUAACUGUUGAGUGUACAUGCAUUUUGUUUUAAAUGAUACAUAUGUAACCAAUCAAAACAUCCGCCAGUUAAUGGCCAAUUAUUCUCCUCACUUAGUCAUUUUUAUGCCUGUAUUUUUUUGUUUUAGCAGACGCAAAUUUCAAGACUAUUGUGUGUGUGAAUUGUAUGUAUUUAUUUUUCAAACAAAAGGUCCAAGUGUCUCAGAUUUUACUUACAAAAAAAAAAAUCUUAAGAAUUCUAAAAUGAAUUCCAUACAUUUUCUAGUGAUAUUUCUAAAAAAAAAACUUAAUUAAUGUUUGUGACUUGCUCUGUCAGAACUUUGAAAUUAAAUUCUAAAACAGUCCUUACAAACAAGGUUAACAAUUGGAGCAUGGACUCAUUUCCUGAUGCAGCUUAACAUAUUCUGCCAUUCCUACUGUUAAUAUUACUUUAUCAAAUUUGUCACAUAUUUCAAUUCAACUUAUAUAAUGUAAUUUAUUUUUAAAAUAACGGUAGCUAAAAAUAAGUUUAGCUAUGUAUUUAACUUGCAAUGUAUGUUGUUGAAUCUGCUCAUGAUGUGAACUGAUUUAUCUCAUAGCAUAUUUUAUCUUUGCUUUUAUUUUGUGUACAAAAAACAUGUUUUGAAUGUUAAAUAAAUUAGAGUUUUCAAU